AUGAAACUGAUGCAGACCAGUUUCCUGUUGAUCACGAAGAUCAUGGUAUACAUGAAUUUGAUCCCCGCCGAUUUCAGCUCCGGCUUCGAGUCGCCGACUAGAGAUUCUGCGCUUGAAAUGGAAGCUCCUACCGAGGAACAUGUGCAGGAAUUGCUGGAGCAUGCCUUUCCUAACGGAUUGAAAUUGGAGAUAAUUGCAAACACAUUUCGAUGUACCGAGGAUCAAAUACUGGAGUUUCUGACUCAGCUGAAAGAAAAAGGAUUGGUCAAAUGCUUGGAGAGUGGCCAUUGGGUGAGAAUCGAUAGAGCUGCUGAAUUUGGUACGUCAUUUUUGCCAAAGAGUAUCGAUUUAACAGAUGCACUGUUGCACUAG